GGGCGCCAACGCGGCUGUGGAUACGACGCGCCCCACCUGAAGAAGAAGGAGGAGGAGAAGCCCCUGGCCGCUGGGUUUGGUGUUAUAUUAUGGUGCUAGCCGGUAAAGGAGAGCAUGUCUGCAGAUGACCGUUGGGCACCCCUCUAAAUAAUUACAUGACCUGGAAUGGAAAGGCACAGUUCUGCGAUGAGGCUGAGUUAAAGCGUGUUUUUUGCUGCACGGAUAGAAGCCUGAGGCUGAUGCUGGGCGCUUCAGGCAGGAACCAUGCAGCAGAAACGCAACAUCCAGAUCAUAGAAUGGGAGGACCUGGACAAGCGCAAAUUCUACUCCUUCGGAGUGUUCAUGACCAUGACCAUUCGUGCCACUGUGUACCCAGCCAUGCUCAUCCGCACCAGGCUGCAGGUACAGAAAGGGAAAUCUCUCUAUACUGGGACCUAUGACGCCUUCCGAAAGAUCCUGCGAGCUGAGGGUGUGAGGGGCCUUUACAGGGGUUUCAUGGUCAACACAUUCACUCUCAUAUCUGGCCAGGCGUACAUCACCACAUAUGAACUGGUGAGGAAGUAUGUCUCCAACUACUCUAAGGAUAACACACUUAAGUCACUGGUAGCAGGAGGGUCGGCGUCACUAGUGGCCCAGAGCAUCACUGUGCCCAUAGAUGUGAUCUCACAGCAGCUCAUGAUGCAGGGCCAAGGGGAACAUCUAACACGCUUCAAGGUCAAACCCAAAGCAUCAGCAGGAGCAAAGCACACAGUCACUUUUGGUCAGACCAGAGACAUUAUAGCUCAGAUAUUUGCGGCAGACGGGUUCCGUGGGUUCUACCGGGGAUAUGUGGCAUCUCUUCUCACAUACAUACCCAACAGUGCAGUCUGGUGGCCUUUUUACCACUUUUAUGCAGAACAGCUGUCCAAAAUGGCACCGAGUGACUGCCCACAUUUAAUACUCCAAGCCAUGGCUGGACCUCUGGCAGCUGCCACGGCCUCCACUGUCACCAAUCCAAUGGAUGUGGUUAGAGCGAGGGUUCAGGUCGAAGGCAGGACUUCAGUCAUUGAAACUUUCAAGCAGCUGAUCAGAGAAGAAGGAUUCUGGGGGAUGACCAAGGGCCUCUCUGCUCGCAUCAUAUCUUCCACCCCCACAGCAAUAGUCAUGGUGGUUGGUUAUGAAACCCUAAAAAAACUGAGCCUUCGUCCAGAGCUUGUGGAUUCCAGGCACUGGUAGAGCAGUUGUGUGUCAGCCGUCUCCUCAGUGACUCCCCUUGUGCAUCUCAUCCGUAUCAGAUUUUGCCUUUCAACCUUGCUGCCUUUUGGCAUGUUGUUUGUGUCUUGGAGGUAUUUUAUAUUUGAUUUGUAGGGAAUAUUUUAUGGAUUAAUCUGAUAUCGCAAUAUUAGAACACUGUGUUGGUUUUAUGUGGGGAAGUACUGCUCAGGUUUGUGAGGAACUCGCAAAGCAUUUGAUCAGAAAGAGGGAAAUUUUUAAUUUUACUGUGUAUUUUAAGACUUUUAAUUUAUUUUUGUUACCGUCUAGGUAGUACUUCAGGUGUUUUUCAAAAGCUGAACGAUUUUCUUGGUUUCAGGGGCGGCAAAUAUAUACAGUGAUCAGGUGUAACAUUAAAGCCACCUCCCUGCACUCUCAUUGUUUUUGUACACUAAUUGUCCAUUUUAUCAGCUCCACGCACCAUAUAGGGGCUCUUUGUACUACAAUUACGGACUAAAGUGCUGCUGGAGUUUUUAAACACUCGUUGUCUAGUCUGUCAGAUGCACCUACCUGGUUGAUCCACCUUGUACAUAUAAAAUUAGAAACAGUAACUAGUUGCACAGUUUUUAUUCCCCAAGUCACAGGAGGCUGUUGGCACUGUUGGAUAAAUGUUUUUGUUUGGUGGACUACUCUCAGUCCAGCAGUGACUCUCCAGUGGCACUACUGAUCCACUCAUACUACUGCAACUCACACUAACACCACCACCAUGUCAGUGUCAAAGCAGUGCUGAGAAUGAUCCACCAUACAUGCUCUGUGGUGGGGCCUGUGGGGGUCCUGUCCAUUAAAUAACAGGGUGAAAGUUAGUUUAAAAAAAAAAAGUCAGUAGAAACAAGGAGGUGGUUCUAAUGUUGUGGCUGACCAGUGUGGUUGUGUGUAUGUAAUUUUAUUUUAAGAUUAUUGCUAAUGGUACCUGCCACCUGUUUCUGCCUCUUUGUGUAUGGUGCACUGGAUAUUUUGCUCCUGGAGAUUUUCUGUCAUUUCCAAAUGUGUGAACAGUGUCUUUCAUUUCAGUUAAGCCUCAUUUUGUUCUCUCGUGUUUUGAUGGGGAUUAAGUUGCCAAAGCUCAGUGGAAAAUGAUCAUGUGAUCAGCAAAAGCGUACAUGUUGCACAGGACGUGUGAGGAAAAUAUGCAAUGUUAUCAGGUUGAGUAAAUGGAAGCGUGUGGGAUAGUGACUAUCUGAAUGCACUAAAUGUACAUCACCUGUGAAAUUGUCUCAGUCCUUGACUUAAGAUGGUAUAAUAGUGGUAUUAACAGUGUGACUCA